GGUGUUUGGAAUCUACACUCUCUGGAUCCCUAGCCAGGAAUUGGAACACUUGGAUCGAUCCACAGUUCCAACAUCCAACCAUUGACUUUGACUCUUCUUCGUUCGUUCGUUCAUUCACUCACUCAUUCUCUUCCUUCACUUCCGUCUCCGCCAGAUCCAUCAUCUUCACUUUCUCACUCACUCACACUCUCACUCCCAAUUUUCCCGAGAAAAUCCCAAAUUUUCUAUGAAUACCCGAUCCACAUAGAUCCACUCCACCUAUGGUCGGCACCUCGAAACCCGGUUCUCCAUCCCCAAUGGCGCAAGAUCUACUCCAUUCCCUCUCCCUCCCCAAAACCCUAAAGCUCAAAACCAAACAACAAGAACUCCUCAUCCGCGUCGCUGCACUAUGCCUCAUCUACAUCCUCGCCUUCAUCACGCGCCUCUUCAGCGUCCUCCGCUACGAAUCCAUGAUCCAUGAGUUUGACCCUUACUUCAACUACCGCACCACGCUCUUCCUCACGCGCCACGGCUUCGCCGAGUUCUGGAACUGGUUCGACUCAGAGAGUUGGUACCCUCUCGGCCGCAUCAUCGGGGGCACGCUCUACCCCGGCCUCAUGGUCACCGCCGCCGCAAUCUUCUCCGUCCUCCGAUUCCUCCGCUUCGCCGUCCACAUCCGCGAGGUUUGCGUUUUAACGGCGCCGUUUUUCGCGUCCAACACGACGCUCGUGGCGUACUUCUUCGGCAAGGAGGUAUGGGAUUCCGGCGCCGGGAUCGUGGCGGCGGCGUUGAUCGCGAUUUGCCCUGGCUACAUCUCGCGGUCUGUUGCAGGUUCUUACGAUAACGAAGGAGUUGCGAUCUUCGCGUUGUUGUUGACGUUUUAUCUUUUUGUGAAAGCGGUGAACACAGGGUCGUUGGCUUGGGCUUUGGCUUCGGCGUUUGGGUACUUCUAUAUGGUGUCUGCGUGGGGUGGUUAUGUUUUUAUCAUCAAUUUGGUUCCGCUUUAUGUGUUGGUUUUGUUGGUGACUGGGAGGUACUCGAUGAGGCUCUAUGUUGCUUAUAAUUGCAUGUAUGUGUUGGGAAUGUUGCUUGCCAUGCAGAUUAGGUUUGUGGGGUUCCAGCAUGUUCAGUCUGGAGAGCACAUGGCUGCUAUGGGCGUCUUUUUCUUGCUUCAGGUGUUUUUCUUCUUGGAUUGGGUGAGGCAUUUGCUUAGUGACACAAGAUUGUUUCAAGCAUUUUUGAGGAUCACUGUUACUGGUGCAGUCACUGUUGGUGCUGUUGCUUUGGGAGUAGGCACAGCAUCUGGUUAUAUAUCUCCAUGGACUGGACGGUUUUACUCGUUGCUUGAUCCAACAUAUGCUAAGGAUCACAUUCCAAUUAUUGCGUCUGUCUCUGAGCAUCAGCCAACUGCUUGGUCAUCAUUCAUGUUUGAUUUUCACAUCUUGCUGUUCUUUUUCCCUGCUGGGCUUUAUUUUUGCUUCAAGCGCUUGUCAGAUGCCACAAUCUUCAUAGUUAUGUAUGGUCUUACGAGCAUGUAUUUUGCUGGGGUUAUGGUUCGACUAAUUCUUGUUGCUACCCCUGCUGUAUGCCUCAUCAGUGCUAUUGCGGUUUCUGCCACUGUGAAGAAUUUGACUCGCUUAGUGAGGGCCAAAAGCCAAGCUGUUCAAAGUGGUUCUGGUAAAGGAACUAGUGCUGCAAAAGGUUCUUCGAAGGGUGUAGUUGAUAAUUCCCAGCCUUUCCAAAAGAAUGGUGCCAUUUUGUUGCUUCUUGGUGCUUUCUAUUUACUCAGUAGAUAUGCUAUUCACUGCACUUGGGUCACAUCAGAGGCUUACUCAUCUCCCUCAAUUGUCUUGGCUGCAAGGGGUGCCCACGGUAACAGGGUUAUCUUUGAUGAUUAUCGUGAGGCUUACUUUUGGCUUCGCCAGAACACUCCACCAGAUGCUAAAGUGAUGUCAUGGUGGGAUUAUGGUUAUCAAAUCACUGCCAUGGGAAACAGAACAGUUAUUGUUGACAAUAACACCUGGAACAAUACACACAUAGCUACUGUUGGGCGUGCAAUGUCAUCUUAUGAGGAUGAGGCUUAUGAAAUAAUGAGAUCACUUGAUGUGGACUAUGUAUUAGUUGUGUUUGGUGGGGUUACUGGUUAUUCUUCUGAUGAUAUUAAUAAAUUUCUGUGGAUGGUAAGAAUUGGUGGUGGGGUUUUUCCUGUGAUAAAGGAACCUGAUUACCUUGUCAAUGGAGAAUAUCGUGUAGAUAAAGGAGCGGCUCCCAAGAUGUUGAACUGUCUUAUGUACAAGCUUUCUUAUUAUCGGUUUGGGGAGCUGACAACAGAAUAUGGCAAACCACCUGGGUAUGAUCGCGCUAGAGGUGUUGAAAUUGGAAAUAAGGACAUAAAGCUUGAGUACUUGGAAGAGGCGUUUACUACGCAGAAUUGGAUAGUUCGUAUUUAUAAAGUGAAACCACCUAAAAACAGGUGGUAACUCUAACCUUUAUCCCCCCAAAGCAAAAAAAAAAAAAAGAAAAAAAAAAAAGAAAGACUGUUUUUCUCUGCGGGAAAUGAUAGCAUUUUAGUGAACUUGAGCGCUGAAAAUUGUUAGCAAUGUUUUAGAUUGUGGACUAUUUUUUGAUGUAGAAUUCAGUUGAGGUAAUUUUGUGGAUUUAUUUGAAAUGUUUGCACAAUUUAACCUAUUGGCAUAGAGCCACUCGUUUGGAGCGAAUCAUUCUCGUGAAGAACUGUUUAGAACCGAAUCGAAUCAUACAGGAGUGACUAAUAUUUCGCUUCAAAUAAAAUAUUGGGUUAUUUGAUGUGUAUGUGUACCUCGGCUCGUUGCAUGAAGAGAACAAGAGAAAUCACUGCUAUUUUUUUAAAGCAUUGCUUCUAGAAGUUCAAGAAAUCUCAGUCUAUCAACAAUAUUAGUGAACUGCGAUGCAGAACACGCCAAUUAAAUCUGAUGGGUUAUUUGACACCAAAAGAAUCUUACUAAGCAAAUAUUAUUGUAAAUACAUGUGCGAACUGCGAACCCUAGAAUUUCCUAUAGCAAAUCGCUAUAAAAUAAACAGAGCCACAGAUCUGCAAUUUCAAUGGGGAUAAUCUUCUUCAGUGCGUCGGUGAUGUGAUUCAGCCAUGUGCUUUGUCCUUAUCAUGUGUAAUAGAAUGGGGGAACACGCAUGUAAGUUAAUCCCUGCAUUCAAAGUAGUUUACCUGCAAAUCUUUGUUUAGCAUUGCUUCUCCACCACGAAAGUAUUUAUACCAAUAUUUUCCAUAAAAUAGUUAUUUGCUUGUUUUCAGCAUAUUGAAAGCAUAUUUAUGUCAAAAGCGCACCCACCCUACUUUAUGCAUUAUAUAAGGUUUUGUACGAUGGAGCCAUGAUUGGAUGGACCACUUCAUGGAGCUCUUAUUCAUUAUAUAUUUUGAUUUCUAAUGACACGCAAAAAUCAAACAAAAAUUAUUAUAUUAGAAUAGGCCAGUUGCUAAGCAAACUCCAAUAUCAGACAGAGAGCUUGGUUACUUGGAUUUAUUAGAUGGGGAAAUUACUGAAUACACAGGGCAGAAGAACUAAUCCAAUUGAAUAAUAGUAGUGUCCGUGUAACACGGUUUACAUAAAUUAACCGAAUAUUGCAGUAUAA